AUUUUCAGUAACAGUGUAAGCGAGUUUUAGAGGGAAACAGGGGAAGUGCCUAUUCAUAAAAUAUUGUGUUGCUACGCACAAUAAACACACCCGGGCGGAACAUGCGUGUCAUCUUCACAUGGUCUACGGACGGCAAUAUGUUGGGAGGCAAAUUUACAUUGAUUGUCAUACGCAUGCCUGCGUAGUUCACGCUAUUUACAGGGAGGGGGCACUAUCGUAGAAAAAAAAAAACCUCCUAGCUUUGACUAUCAAGCGAUCCUUGCUAAAUCACCGCUCUCUCCGAGGAAACAAAAACAAUUUAGAAUUGGGUUGACGGCGUGCAACGAGCAUAGACCCUCUCUCGAAACGAAAACGCGCUUUCCCGGGGAAUGAGCGUUCCAUGCAGCAUCCUAGGUAUGAAUGACGUGGCCUGGCAGGAGACAAGAGGUGGGAUGCUGCAUGCAAAUGGUGCUCCUGAGACUGGAGGUGUCCGAGUUCACGUAGGGGGAGCCGGACCGGCUUCCGGAGUCCCACAUUUACAGGGCAUGGAGAGGGUUGUUAACCCUACCCCAGGUACCCCGCAGCCUCCACUGAGUGGACGAUCUCAGGAUGACGCCGCAGUUGGAUAUUUCUUUCAGAGGCAGCCCGGAGAGCAGCUCGGAGCCUGCACACCCAGCAAACAUCGCUGGCCAACCGGUGAUGCCAAUCAUGUCGAUCAGGUCCGUGCUUCAGAUGAAAUGAACUAUGACUUCCAAGCUCUUGCUUUGGAGUCAAGGGGCAUGGGAGAGCUUCUGCCUGCAAAAAAACUCUGGGAUUCUGACGAGCUGGCCAAGGAUGGAAGGAAAGGCAUGCUUCUUGGAGAGGAAUGGAGGGACAAUGCAUGGGGAUCGUCUCAUCAUUCAGUGUCCCAGCCAAUCAUGGUGCAGCGACGGCCAGGCCAGAGUUUCCACGGGAACGGUGAUGCCAAUUCUGUGCUUUCACCUCGCUCCGAAGGUGGAGGCCUUGGGGUGAGCAUGGUGGAGUACGUUCUCAGUUCUUCUCCUGGGGACAAGAUGGAUGGCCGUUACAGGAAUGGUGGCUAUGGUGGAGGAGAUGUUGACCAAGACGGGAGAGAGAAGAUUGACGUCCAAGAGAAAGUCUCCCCCUAUGAAGAGGACAAGAGUCCAGAGAUGAAGGUUGGCGAUGAGAAUGAUCCGGCUAAAACCAACGGGCGAGGGCUACUUAACGGCAUGGAGCGAGACUGCAAAGACUUCCAUCCGACUCCUGGGAGCCGCCAAGCUUCCCCUACAGAGGCAGUGGAGAGAAUGGGUCCCAUUCAGUCAGGUUUGGAGAUGAUGGGGCAGCACCACCCACAUGCCUUCCAACAACACAACCCUGCCCAAAACAAGGCCCCUGAGGACUUUCAGAGCCAGGAGGCCCAGAACAUGGGUGGUAUGGAGCAACAGGCCGGUGUCGAGUCCCUCCAGUUUGACUACGCUGGUAACCAGAUUCAGGUGGACUCCUCAGGCACUCCAGUCGGACUGUUUGACUACAACUCACAGCAGCAGUUGUUCCAGAGAUCUAAUGCCCUGACUGUGCAACAGCUAACCGCAGCUCAGCAACAGCAAUAUGCCCUGGCUGCAGCUCAGCAGCAGCAUCUCGCUGGCCUUGCUCCUGCCUUUGUGCCAAACCCUUACAUUAUCAAUGCUGGCCCCCCUGGAACGGACCCCUACACUGCCGCUGGGCUGGCCGCGGCAGCCUCGCUUGGAGGUCCCACCGUGGUUCCACCACAGUACUAUGGGGUUCCUUGGGGUGUGUAUCCGGCCAACCUUUUCCAGCAACAGGCUGCAUCAUCUGCCAAUCACUCUGCUAAUCAGCAAGCAUCCAACCAGGGACCAGGGCCAGGCCAACAACAGGUGAUGCGCCAAGGAAACAACCAGCGACCUCUUACGCCCGGGCAAGGCCAACCGAGUCAGCAGGAGUCUCUGGCAGCAGCAGCGGCCGCUAACCCCGCGUUGGCAUACGCAGGAAUGUCUGGGUAUCAGGUUUUGGCCCCUGCAGCCUAUUAUGACCAGAAUGGGGCCUUGGUGAUGGGCCCUGGUGCCCGCGCUGGUCUAGGUGGGCCAGUUCGUCUAGUCCAGACCCCUCUCCUCAUCAACCCGGCAGCGGCACAAGCUGCAGCUGCGGUGUCAGCAUCUGGCUCCGGUAACAUGUCUGGUCCUCCAGGCAGCGGUCUAUACCGCUCAAUGGCGCAGCAGCAGCAGCAUCAGCAGCAGCAGCAGCAGCAACAACAACAACAGCAACACCACCACCAGCAGCAGCAACAGCAUCAUCAGCAACAACAACAUCAUCAUCAUCAACAACAGCAGCAGCAGCAACAACAACAACAACAGCAACAUCAGCAGGCUCCCCCAGCCAGCGGUGGCCUGCCCUCCAGCUCAUUUUACGGCUCUGGAUCGGUCCCGAACACUUCUCAGAGCAGCUCUCUAUUCUCACACACCUCUGCCGCGCCGCCACCACAAACCACCUCACUGGGCUUCAGCAGUACCGGUGGAUCCCUCGGGGUCGGCCUGGGCUCUGCUCUCGGAGGCUUUGGCUCUUCUGUGUCCAGCUCCACCAGUAGCAAUGUUUCUCGCAGGGACUCCCUGCUGGCCACUUCGGAUCUAUACAAACGCGCGGGCAGCAGUUUAACUCCCAUCGGCCAGCCCUUUUACAACAGCCUGGGUUACUCCUCUUCACCCAGCCCCAUUGGCCUCACACCAGGUCACUCUCCACUUACUCCUCCACCUUCUCUGCCCUCCUCACAUGGAUCCUCUAACAGUCUUCACCUAGGUGGCCUGACAAAUGGCAGCGGGCGCUACAUUUCUGCCGCUCCUGGAGCUGAGGCCAAGUACCGGAGCGCCGGGGGCACGUCCAGUCUUUUCAAUUCCAGCAGCCAGCUAUUCCCGCCGUCUCGUCCUCGCUACAGUCGUUCUGAUGUCAUGCCGUCUGGACGCAGCCGCCUACUGGAAGACUUCAGGAACAACCGCUUCCCGAACCUCCAACUCCGUGACUUGCCCGGCCACAUGGUGGAGUUCUCUCAAGACCAGCAUGGCUCUAGAUUUAUCCAGCAGAAACUAGAGCGGGCCACUCCAGCCGAGAGGCAGAUGGUGUUUGGAGAGAUUCUGCAAGCGGCAUACCAACUGAUGACUGAUGUAUUUGGGAACUAUGUCAUCCAAAAGUUCUUUGAGUUUGGAAGUGCAGACCAGAAGCUGGCUUUGGCUACGCGCAUCCGUGGACACGUCCUUCCACUGGCUUUGCAGAUGUAUGGUUGUCGGGUCAUUCAGAAAGCCCUGGAGUCCAUUUCCUCAGACCAGCAGGUAAUUAGCGACAUUGUCCGUGAGCUGGAUGGCCAUGUGUUGAAGUGCGUCAAGGACCAAAAUGGCAACCAUGUGGUGCAGAAGUGUAUAGAGUGUGUUCAGCCUCAGGCCCUACAGUUCAUUAUUGAGGCCUUCCAAGGACAGGUGUUUGUGCUCUCCACACACCCUUAUGGCUGCAGAGUUAUCCAACGGAUUUUGGAGCACUGCACUCAGGAGCAGACUCUACCCAUCCUGGAAGAGCUGCAUCAGCACUCUGAACAGCUGGGCCAGAAAUAUCAAGGCGUAUCAUUGGAGAUGACACCCAAAACAUAUUAUACGGUGUCCCGCGAUGCACUGUUCAAGGAUCAGUAUGGUAACUACGUCAUUCAGCAUGUUUUGGAGCACGGCCGACCAGAAGACAAAAGCAAGAUAGUCGCAGAGGUUCGUGGAAAGGUUCUGGUCCUCAGUCAACACAAAUUUGCAAGCAAUGUUGUGGAGAAAUGUGUGAUCCACUCUUCUCGUGCGGAGAGAGCUCUGCUGAUCGAUGAGGUGUGCUGCCUGAAGGACGGGCCCCACAGCGCCCUGUACACCAUGAUGAAGGACCAGUAUGCCAACUAUGUUGUUCAAAGGAUGAUUGACAUGGCAGAACCUGCGCAGCGCAAGAUAAUUAUGCACAAGAUCCGUCCUCACAUUGCCACUCUACGCAAGUACACCUAUGGGAAGCACAUUCUAGCCAAGCUGGAGAAGUACUACAUGAAAAGCGGAUCUGAGCUCGGUCCCAUCGGUGGCCCCACCAAUGGCCUCAUGUAGUCACGUCGAACAAGCGGGUUCUCCCCCUCCCGCCCCCUCCCCCACCUGUUCUGAGAGUUGCUCCUUAGACAAAGGGGUUAGCCUUUGAAACCCUCUGUUAUCCCAUUUUGAGGGAAUUACCAAAAAAAAGGACAUGUCAACUUCACCUAAGAACGCUGUGACAACUGACUCCUGCCACUCUGCCACCCCUGGUGCAGGGCCCCAGUGUGGCCCCCCAGGGGAUGCACAGUCAGCAGGCAGAUUUUAUGUUUCUUUUCUCUUUUCCUUUUUCCUGGGUAAAGCACAAGCCCAUUGUUAAUGAUGUAAUUGGUGUAUUUGACUGGUUUUCAUAUUAUCUUGUACAUUUAGUUUUUUACCUUGUAAAUUCUCUGUAGAAAAAAGAAAAAUUAUACACUGCUGAAAUUUCCAAUUCCUACAAUUAACACCAGCAAGUGAUUUUCUAAGGCUAAACGGAGUAAUCCUUUUAAAAAAAAAUAAAAAAAGAUUCCUUUUGUUUUUGUAACGAGACUUAUGUCAGCUGUUCUCAUUAAGUCUAGGCAAUUGUACAUUACCCUGUGCACAGUAAAGGUUUUCCCCUUGCCAAAGCAGCUGAAGGAUUAGUUUUUUUUUUUUAAAUUUAUUUUUUAAAUGCACCACAUAGUAUGGGCUGAUGUAGACCCCUCCGGCCACAGGCGAGUUCUAUGUGUCCUGUGCCACAGUCACCCACAGCGAGCUCUGCUUAGGGGUUGGUGCUUUUAGUCUAGGUGGUGGUUUCCAGUGGUGGCUUAUUCCUUUUCGGGCUAAUCGGCUAAUAGUGAGCCUGAUGGAAUCUUCUAAACACUUUUCGGUACUAAAUAUUACAGACUGACCAACCUCAGCUGCUGCCUCCACUGAGCCCCGCCCGGGGGGGGGGAGAGACACGACACCUUAUGCAAAACAAAAAGCUGCCAUUGAUUUGGUUGUACAGCAGGCGUAUAAUCUGAACAUGAAAUGACUGUAGCGGGGGGGCUUUUUGUGGCUGGGGUAUGUGUUGGCAUGCUGUGACAGGUUUUAAUCCUCGGAAUGAUUUUUUUUUUUUUUUUUUUUUUUUUUCCUUUAUCAUGUUUAGUGUGACAUCUUAUCUGUCUUGUACUUUGAGAUGAACACUGCCCUAGAAACGGUAUCUUUAUGUACUGAAUAAUCAUCUCUUGCGUAGUAGUAGUUCAACGAUGUAUAGCAUCUUUAUGUAGGUGUAAGUUGUUGCUUUUGGGCUGGGGCUCGCAGCGACGAUGGGACCCCCACUGCCUGAAGGGCAGAGUAGUCAUUAAAAAAAAAUGUUGUGAAGUGGUGCUUUUCCCAGUUCUGUAUAUUUGAGGUGAAUUGAACUAGAAGUUUAGUGGGAUACGUUGGAGAAAGGGAUGUUGAAAAGACCCCGCCCCUUAUUUUUUUCGUCUUUUGGUUGGAUAUGGAAGUGCAUUGGUGGGGGUCUUCGGGGCCAUCAAAGGCGAUACCAUUCACCUGUAAUGCUCGUAGUGAUGGCAUCAUAUGAAUACUUGUAGAAUACAUGUAGUAUAUGUGCAGUUAAGUGUAAGAUUAUUAGUUUAAAUCGAGAAGAAUAUGUCUAGUUGUGGUGUUUUGACAGGCCUUGCUCUAAAUUUGUAGUGAUGCUUUUAUUUCGUCUGUACAGUUGUACAUUUGUAAACGUUUAUGCUGUAAAUGGGAUGUCUUUUACACUUUUUGGGGAGGAAAAAGGCAGAAAUGUGCAUUUUGAUGUGUGUAUAUUCAUCACUCCUUUCCCCUUGAAUAUAAUGUAUACAGUUUUAUUUGAUCAAGUGUUAUUUUAAAGGAAAAAAAAAAUCUUAAUGGCUUCACAAUCUGGCAUGGUUUUUGGUUUUUAAUCUUUAAUGGGCAGGGCCAGCCUCUAUUUGUACUGGAGCUGUAUAAUCCACUGUUGAUAAUAUUUCUGAAGUGACAGUUUAAAAAAAAAAAAAACA